GAUUUGGAGCAAGUGUAAUGAAGAGAAUGAAAUAGAUCACGCUAAUGCCUGUAAUUAGCCUGCUAUGUUGCCCUGAAAAGGUUUGCCCUACAUACUGUACAGUACAUAGGGGCUGCAUCUGGUUUGAGCUGGAGUAGGUGUCUCCUGUACCCAGCAGUGCUAGCUCCUCACCUGAGCUGAUUGAUAAUAUGACCCUGCCUGGACUGAAGAGUGAGAAGGCAGACCGACAGCCAUACUCCUGAAGAUCCAUGCCACACAGGUUCGGGAACAUCGAGAGCCUGUGAUGGUGGUUGGUGCAGCGAGUUCCAGGGUUCUUUACUCUUGAGCAAAACCCUGGGGAUUUCUUUUUUAUAUUCCUGGCAAAGAAGCUUGCUUACGUGAGAAGAGACUGCUGAGUCAGAAAAUCGCCUAAUUACAACCCCUGUUAAAGCCUGCCUCCUCCAGCCCGCCCUUCUCUUCCUGGCUGUGGGGCUUUUAACCCUCGUUUCUCCUGCCCUUUCGUUUUCGUAGUUUUUCAAAUCGAGUAAUUCCCGAUCGCAGCUCUCUCGUUGGCUGUUGUGUCUCGGCCAGGCCUCGUGCCCGCGCUCCUCCCCCACUGUGAGUUGGCGUGCGAUGGCGCGGCGGGACGCUGACAGUUGCCGCGGUGGGCUGUGAUGUCAGCGCCCAGCAGCCCCGGCGAGAGCCAGCGCGCCGCUCCCAGAUUCUUCGUGGGCUGCGAGGACGAUGAGAGCGAGAGCCUGGGGGACACUGCAAGCAUGAGGACAGACGUGGAGCUGUACGAGUGCAGUGAAGAGGAGGACACGCCCCCGGAGAGACAGAUUGUGGUGGGGAUCUGUUCCAUGACGAAGAAGUCCAAGUCGAAGCCGAUGACUCAGAUCUUGGAGCGGCUCUGUAAGUUCGAGUACAUCACUGUGGUGAUCUUCCCCGAGGACGUGAUUCUCAACGAGCCCGUCGACAACUGGCCGCUGUGCGACUGCCUCAUCUCCUUCCACUCCAAAGGCUUCCCUCUGGACAAAGCAGUGAGUUACGCAAAACUGAGGAACCCACUUCUCAUCAAUGACCUGAAUAUGCAGUACUUCAUUCAGGACAGGAGGGAGGUGUACCGGAUCUUGCAGGAAGAAGGGAUUGACUUGCCACGCUAUGCCGUACUAAACCGGGACCCAGACAAACCAGAAGAGUGUAACCUGGUUGAAGGAGAGGACCAUGUGGAGGUGAAUGGAGAGGUUUUCCAGAAGCCCUUUGUGGAGAAGCCAGUCAGUGCUGAAGACCACAAUGUGUACAUCUACUACCCCACCUCCGCCGGGGGAGGCAGCCAGCGGCUCUUCAGAAAGAUCGGGAGCCGCAGCAGUGUGUAUUCUCCAGAGAGCAGCGUGAGGAAGACCGGCUCCUACAUCUACGAGGAAUUCAUGCCCACCGACGGGACUGACGUGAAGGUGUACACAGUGGGGCCUGACUAUGCCCAUGCAGAGGCGCGCAAGUCUCCUGCACUGGAUGGAAAGGUGGAACGAGACAGUGAAGGGAAGGAGAUCCGCUACCCUGUCAUGCUCACUGCCAUGGAGAAACUUGUUGCUCGCAAGGUCUGCAUGGCGUUUAAACAAACGGUGUGCGGGUUUGACCUGCUGCGUGCCAACGAUCACUCUUACGUCUGCGAUGUGAACGGGUUCAGCUUUGUGAAGAACUCCAUGAAGUACUAUGACGACUGUGCCAAGAUCUUAGGGAAUAUAAUGAUGCGGGAGCUGGCUCCCCAGUUCCACAUUCCCUGGUCCAUCCCUACGGAAGCGGAGGAUAUUCCUAUUGUCCCCACCACAUCAGGAACCAUGAUGGAGCUGCGCUGUGUUAUUGCAAUCAUUCGACAUGGAGAUCGAACCCCCAAACAGAAAAUGAAGAUGGAAGUCAGGAACCCAAUGUUCUUCGAUCUGUUUGAGAAGUACGAGGGGUACAAGACUGGGAAACUGAAGCUGAAGAAGCCAAAACAGUUGCAGGAGGUGCUGGACAUCGCUCGGCAGCUGUUAGCUGAACUGGGCCAGCACAACGACUGCGAGAUCGAGGAGAAGAAAUCCAAACUGGAGCAGCUGAAAACUGUGCUGGAGAUGUACGGCCAUUUCUCUGGGAUAAACAGGAAGGUGCAGCUAACCUAUCUGCCUCACGGGCAACCCAAAACCUCCAGUGAGGAGGAAGAUUCCCGGAAGGAGGGUCCGUCUCUGUUGCUUGUUUUGAAGUGGGGAGGGGAGCUGACCCCAGCUGGCAGAGUACAAGCAGAGGAGCUGGGCAGAGCAUUCAGGUGCAUGUACCCAGGAGGGCAAGAUGGUAGCGGCAGAGCCCUUGGCUGCGAGUCUCCUAUUGACUGUGGUGACUAUGCAGGCUUUCCAGGCUGUGGGCUGCUCAGGUUGCACAGCACCUACCGACACGACCUCAAGAUCUACGCCUCUGACGAGGGGAGGGUGCAGAUGACAGCCGCAGCCUUUGCCAAGGGGCUGCUGGCUCUGGAGGGGGAGCUGACCCCCAUCCUGGUCCAGAUGGUGAAGAGUGCUAACAUGAACGGGCUGCUGGACAGUGACCGCGACUCGCUCAGCGGCUGCCAGCAUCGGGUGAAGGCGCGGCUCCACGAGAUCAUGCAGAAGGACCAGGACUUCACCGAGGAGGACUUCGAUAGGCUGGCCCCCACUGGCAGCUCCUCUGUGCUGAACUCCAUGAAGCUUGUUGGGAACCCAGUGCAGACCUGUGACCGAGUCUAUGCACUCAUCCAGAGCCUCACAUCCCAGAUCCGCACGAGGCUCGAGGACCCCAAGUCUGCAGAUCUGCAGCUGUACCACAGUGAGACUCUGGAGCUGAUGCUGCAGCGCUGGUCCAAGCUGGAGCGAGAUUUCCGCAUGAAGAGCGGCCGAUACGAUAUCAGCAAGAUCCCCGACAUCUAUGACUGCAUCAAGUACGACGUGCAGCACAACAGCUCCCUGGGGCUGGAGGACACGCUGGAGCUCUUCAGGCUGUCCAAAGCGCUGGCUGAUAUCAUCAUCCCGCAGGAGUAUGGCAUCGACAAGGAGGAGAAGCUGGACAUUGCCUACACAUACUGCCUCCCGCUCAUCAAGAAGAUCCAGCUGGACAUGCAGAGGACACAUGAGGACGAGUCUGUCAACAAGCUGCACCCUCUGUACUCCCGUGGAGUGAUGUCACCGGGCCGUCACGUGCGGACACGGCUCUAUUUCACCAGUGAGAGCCACGUGCACUCCCUGCUCAGUGUCUUCCGCUACGGGGGUCUUCUGGAUGAGCUCAAUGACCAGCAGUGGAAGAGAGCGAUGGAUUACCUGGGCGCUGUCUCGGAGCUCAACUACAUGACCCAGAUCGUCAUCAUGAUCUAUGAGGAUAACAACAAGGACCCCUCGUCGGAGGAGCGAUUCCAUGUGGAGCUGCACUUCAGCCCCGGGGUGAAGGGGUGUGAGGAGGAGGAGAACGCACCCAUGGGGUUUGGGUUCCGCCCCGCCUCAGCUGAGAACGAGGAGAAGAAGACAGACCCUGGCAGCAUAGAGGAUCUGUCCCACGACGAACCGGACCGGGCGCUGCCCCUUUCCGAGCCAAUCGGCAUCCAGAGGAAGUCUCUACUCACCCGUACGCCCAAGGCUGGCUCCAUGGAGGUUCUGUCUGAAACCUCUUCUUCCAAGUCUGGGGGCUAUCGCCUCUUCCCUUCCUACUCCCGACAGUCUCCAGAAAUGAAACAGAGUGGCUUAGGGUCCCAAUGCGCAGGGCUCUUCAGUACAACUGUCUUGGGGGGGUCCUCUAGCGCCCCCAACCUGCAGGACUACGCUCGUACACACCGCAAAAAAUUCUCCGGCAGCCUCUCCUAUAAAGACGAGUUGUUGUCUAUGCCGGCAGUAAAGCGAUUUUCUGUGUCGUUUGCAAAGCAUCCGACUAAUGAGGCCCUGGAGGAGCACCAUGUUGCCCAGCUCUUGCGGCGGUUCUCUACGGACCAGGCUCUGGGGCGCCACCUAUCUAUGGACAGGGCGCUGGCCCAUCAUCUGCACCAUUGCUCCUACCACCUGCGCCUGUUCCGCAACUGGUUAAUCAGCGGCCAGGACACCAUCGAGUGCCUCUACGGGUUCGAAGGCUGCUCGAUGGUGCCCUCUAUCUACCCUCUGGAGACACUGCACAACUCGCUCUCACUCAAGCAGGUCAACGAGUUCCUGACUGAGGUGUGCGAGAGCGGCGGCGACUCCCACUCCAAGGCCAGCAAAGCUCUCUCGGACAUAUUCGAUCCUCAGAGCCAGCCACCAGUGGACACGUUCACCCCACAGCGUGUGCUCUCGUCCUCUGUGUCUGCCCUGUCCCUGCGCCAUCGCUCGGACCGCCCUCCCUGGUACAGUAGCGGCCCCUCCAGCACAGUGUCCAGCGCUGGACCUUCCUCCCCCACCACUGCUGACACGUCUCCUCGUUUCAGCUUGAGCGACAAGAUGCCCCUGACCCCCCAGAGCAGUGAUGAGACGCACGUGGGUCAGCAGAGCAGGCUGCCAACAGGGAAUAGCCAGACAAGCUGCCAGCCAGUAGACACAAGUCUACUGAGCGGUCAGCCGAACAGUAAACCAAUCAGCCCCCAGGAGCCUAGCGGCCAGCCAGUCAUUAAUACAAGUCAAUCCACCAGCCCCAACCAGCAUAACAACCAAGAAGGCCAAACAGCCGCCAGUGAAAAUAUAGAACAGCAGGGCCUUCCUGCGACCCAAUUGGCUGGGCUUGAGAGGAAGGGGGCUAACCCAAAUCCUCUGGGGUCGCUGGGAAUCCUUCUGGAGGACGGAGAGAGUGAAUCAGAAACAGCCUUCAGUGCUCAGUCAGCCCUGCCUCCAGAGGAGCCUGAACAGUUUUUUGACACAUGUGAGACAGUGGAAGUCUGGGAAAACAGCCCAAGUGACUCCCAGCAGUACCCUGAGAGCACCCUGGAGCUUGGGGUAGCGCACGUGUCCCAUCCUUAGGGAUGGAUAGAAGGGAGAGGCAGAUCUCAAUGCUGUACAGAACACUUGGUCCGCUGUGUUUUCGAUGUCACUGUGUUUUUGAUACAUACUUGUACUAUAGUAGAAAGGAGAUAUAGACCACGAUACUUGUGACCUACAAAUGUGAUCGUCCGAUAUAUACAAAGUACACUGGUAUCAAAUUGAAUCUGCAUGGCUUAAGAGGUAAAUGCUUGUAGUUCAAUAACAUAAAGCAGUUUACUGUAAAUACUGUAAAUUCACAAUCCGAUACAUUUUCAAAAGCCCAACUAAUCCAUUUUAUUUUACACAACCCCCCCCCCCCCCCCCCCCCAAAAAAAAAAUAAAUAAAUAAAUAAAUAAAACUAAUCAGCUAUAAAGCCAAUCAUGUUUGCUGGAACAAUAAUACUAAACUGCCUUCCUAAAAGUGUUAACAUCUAUGAGACUGCUCGCUCCCGCAUCCAGUCAUGUUUACUGUAGCAAUAAAACUGUCCAGCUUCUAUUUUUACUACCGGUCACUCUGGAGCAUCUGAUACAUUUGGAAACAUCAAAAAGAAAAUGGCUCAUACUCCCCAUGUACCAUCUGAUUCUUUUAAGAUCCUGUACAGCCUUAAGUUCUGUCCCACGCAUGUGACAUUGUGUCUGUUACAUGGCCUGAGGAAGCGCAGUUUUAUUAUUGUUUUUCAUUUUGAGUAGAGUAUUUUUUAUUUUUUUGUUAGUAUUACGAAUUCUAUUUGCCACCACGAGUAUAAGCUUAAUUCUUAACUGCUGUGGCGGAUUCAGCAGAACCCACACAAGACACUUUGAUUAUCCAAUGAUGGCACCUUAAUCUUUGAUGUAUUGCACUUUUGUAAUGCGUUGGCAUAAAAAGCCUUCGGGGUCCAAUUUCUUCUCAUCACCAGUUGAGACUUAAUCUUGAUGUCUUUACAUGAAUAUUGUGCAAGCGUCAGAAACGGGUAUGUCAAUUCUUUACCAGAGUCUGCCUCUCGUCUCUCAGCUUCUGGCUAUGCAGCACAAGGGCCCACUUCACAACAUGUGGGAUGUCGCUCGGGCAAAAACUGCAACUCUUGUCUCCAGUGCUACUCACCGGCUGUUAUUAAGGUAAACGGUGAUCCAUGAACAGCUAACGGGAUACAAUAAAUACUUCAUUCUUAAAGUGAAAGGACGCCAGCAGUGAUGCUGAAAAGAACUAUAGAUGAUGGGCAGGGCAAUAGCUCUCGAAUCUCCAUCCAGGACAAUGUCUGCUUUUAUAGCGCAUGCAACAUCACGUUUAUAGAAUCACUGAACAGAACUGAUUAGUACAUUGUUCUGUUUCAUUUACUGUACUGCUUUUUUUAAACCUUCUUUUUAAACUGCUGUCAUUGUUAAUGGGUUCUGUGUGUGUGUGUGUAUAUACAGUAACUGCACUGAGAUAAGGCUACACUGUAUCUGGAUUGAUUAUUAUUUUUUUGUAUAGUACACGUGAUUAUGUAUGUAGGAGACAGAUAUCUUUAUUUAAUGUUAGUCGGUAACAUCAAUGCUGCUCUGAAGCAAACACUGUAAAAACUGUACUCCAUGUUAAUAAUCAUAAACCUCUAAAUAAUAUAAAACCUUCUUGUGCUGGUGAUUUUAAA